CUGCCCUACGUGAUGACGUCGCGUCGCAGGCUCAGCUAUGAUGGCAGCCGUAGGUUGACAUCGAUACAUUACUGAAUAUAAACUAUUUAAAAGUUAGCGGCAGGAAAGAAAAGAGAGAGAAAAAACAACAAAACAAACCCCGGCACACUAACGCAGAACAAACCAACAGUUGUGCAGAUAGUAACGUUACACACUUAAAAACACACACACACCGCCUGCUUUGGGGGAACGUGGCACUAUGCCCGCAGCUACUGUGGAUCACAGCCAAAAAAUAUGUGAGGUUUGGGCCAACAACCUGGAGGAGGAGCUGAAGAGGAUCCGACAUGUCAUCCGUAAAUACAACUACAUCGCUAUGGACACUGAGUUUCCCGGUGUAGUAGCCAGACCGAUCGGAGAGUUCAGGAGCAACGCCGACUACCAGUACCAGUUACUGCGCUGCAAUGUGGAUUUGCUCAAGAUAAUCCAGCUGGGCCUCACGUUUAUGAACGAGCAAGGAGAAUACCCUCCGGGGACAUCCACAUGGCAGUUCAAUUUUAAGUUUAACCUCACAGAAGAUAUGUACGCACAGGACUCCAUUGAGCUCCUGACCACUUCAGGGAUUCAGUUCAAGAAGCACGAGGACGAAGGCAUCGAGACUCUGUACUUUGCAGAGCUGCUGAUGACGUCAGGAGUGGUGCUUUGCGAUGGGGUCAAGUGGCUGUCGUUUCACAGCGGCUAUGACUUUGGAUACCUGAUCAAGAUUCUGUCCAACGCAAACCUGCCCGAGGAGGAGGUGGACUUCUUUGAAAUUCUUCGCUUAUACUUUCCAGUCAUUUACGAUGUGAAGUACCUCAUGAAGAGCUGUAAAAACCUGAAGGGCGGGCUGCAGGAAGUAGCUGAGCAACUGGAGCUGGAGAGGAUCGGACCACAGCAUCAGGCCGGCUCUGACUCUUUACUCACAGGCAUGGCUUUCUUCAAGAUGAGAGAGAUGUUCUUUGAGGAUCAUAUCGAUGAUGCAAAGUACUGUGGUCACUUGUACGGGCUGGGCUCCGGCUCGGCCUACGUCCAGAACGGAACGGGGAACGCUUACGAAGAGGAGGCUAACAAGCAGCAGUCGUGACAUCGCUCUGAAGCUCUCCCAUCCUGCGGUUCAACAUGCACUAUCAGUGCGGCACUGAAGCCAAGCUUCGCCAACCGGCUGAUGAUGAUGAGAAUAAUAAUGGAAGAACACAAACAUACACACAUCAUUUAGCAAGCUGCUUCUCAUAGGCUCUGCUCACUUUAGAUGACUGAACAUGAUGGUAAAAAAAAAAGAAAAAGAAAUCACAGCUGUCCUUAAACAUGUUCCUGUUGGCUGCGUGUGAGUUUAGUCUUUUAUUCCUACAAUGCAGUUUAGGCAGCCUGGUUGGAUCAGUUCAAUUUAACAUGCUUGAAAAUAUGGGAUUUUAGUUUUCCUAAAAUGUUCUGUAGAAAAUGUUUUGCACUUUAAAGCUCUAACCUGAUUUUAUAUGGAAAGCUGAAAAUGUUUCUGGUGUCUCCUCUUUGUUGCCUUUCUCUACGUUCCCGUUUUACAUUUUUCGAACAUGCACAACCGCCCUCACCACGCUCAGCCUUACUAUUAGCUGCAUUCUUACCUUUUAAACUUUAAUUUAUUGUGCUGGUUAUCUGACAGUGAAUGGAUGCCCAGUUGAAGGAAUAGGACACCACAUGUCAGUGCACUUGCCCUCCUGUCAUCCGAUCUCUUGUAUGAUAAUGAGAAAGGGAUCUCUCAGUGAGUCUGUUUACGUCUACAUGAAUAUCUCAUUGAAGUUUUUUGUUUUUUCUCAUGUGUUCAUAUAAAGAUAAUGUUUAUUACGACAUGAAUAAGAUCUAAUCCCACUGUGAGAUGCCUUUAACUAACAAGCUGGUGUAUUCUGCUUAUAUAGAUGGGACUAAAACAAGUGACCAUUUCCUCUUUCCUAUUCGUUGCCGUUUCCCGUUUUGUACUCAUGAUAACGCUCCGAUAUAUACAGUACGUACUACACGCAUACGUUCGUAGGAAGAAUGUGGAUUGUUUGUGCAUGUAAACACCCUCAACGACACAAGCACAUACCAACACAGAUGCAUCACAUCUCUACAUGACCUCCCGCCGAUUUCAACUAAAUUCACCAGACCUUAAAGAAACAAUUAAAAAGUAUCUAAAAAAAUAAAACACUCGUCUGCUGUAAGACAUGCCGAGGUUACCCUAAACUACUCUGUUGAGAGUAAAUGUUCAUUUUUAAUUGAAAUUAAGGUUUUGUAGAGUUUUAGUGUUGUAAUAAAAGAAGAAAAAACUUUUACUUGUUGGGGAGGAAAAAAUAAAUAACAUUGCCUUUUAAUAUGCAUCUUUUUUGUUCCAGUGGAGCUUCAAUUCACUUUUUCUGGCCUUUCGAAUGACUAUUUUUUGUUUUUGCAUUGCUCUCCAGUUCAUUCAUGCCGCCUAGAACAGCCGCAUGUACUAAAACGUUUGAAUAAAUGCCGUGUUGUUGAAUAGUAUCCUGAACUUCCGUAGGUGUGUGUUGAAGUGUAGGUUCACCACUUAUUAACCUCCCUCAGCGUCGAUAACUGAAACGCUUUUCUUUCUUUCUGCAGCACAUCUUCCACACUGUAAAGGAGUAAAAAAAGAAAAAAGAAUAUGCAAUAUAUAAGAGGAUUGUUUUUAGAUUAUUUUGUAAAUAAAGGCUUGAAAACUUUUCUACCAUAAAAUGCUCUUUUAUAUCUCUUUAUUGACAUAGUUCUUCUCAACGUGCAACGACGAGUUGAAUAAAGAGGCUGAAGAUGAGCUCAUUUUAUUCUUAUAAGGCAUCACAACUGUACAGUACAUUACCUCACACAUCCAUAUUGUCUCUUGAGUCAUACAGACAGAAGAAUAGAAAAAUAUAGAUUGACACUGACUGUCACCAUGGAGCUUUUUUUUUUCUGAAACAGGCAUACAUUCUUCCAACUAAUUUAAAGUGAUAUUUUAUUUCCAGCCAGAGACGAGAACAGACAGAAUCCUCAGAAGGUGAAAAUAUACUGUACAAAGCGACUGGAGCUGUUAUCAUUUUAGUUUUUUUGUUGUUUUUUGCUCUGCAGUGCAUCCACAGCAUCGUGUUGUGAGUUAGAAAAACACUCAACAGUAUCUGCUUUUUUUUUAGAUGGUGAGCAGAUCUGCAGCAUUACACAGAGGCUGGUGUGCUGGCCCUCCAGAGACAGUCGGGAAGCUUUUUUUUGGCCGGCAGUUUGACUGUAGGCUACCAGACAGCAGUUUAGAUAUUUGGCAGAGGUGGUGGUGGGAGGGGGGGGCACACGCUGUCGCAGCACAGAGCAGCACCAGCUCUCAGGUGUUUCAGUGUGACAGCAACAUCCUCACUCAUGCUAUAACGAGUCAGAAGAGCCCUUAUUCAGAUUACUAAUUAAUACACUUUUUUUUUUUUGUUGUUUCCAAGCAAAAGGGGAGAACAUCAUCUUGUGGUACAGUUCACUACAGCAAAGUGUGUUUGUGUUGACAUCCUGAGAUGAGAGCAUGCAUCAUUUGAACUUCCACAACAUGGUGGGAAA